AUGUCUUCGUUUUGGGGUGCGGAGGUGAAGCCAGAGAAGCCCUACACGCACACCCACAGCCCGCGCCGCGGCCGCCUGCGCCUCACCCAGGCGACUCUGGGGGCCGAGGUUGGCAAGGUGGAGAAGGGGAAGACGAACUUGGUGCAGCUGCAGUGCACCGUUAAGAACAAGGAGCCCGUGUAUCUCUGCGCCCUGAUUCCGGGGCAGUCGGUGACUUGCCACCUGGACCUCGAGUUCGAGGAGAAGUUCGUGACGUUCUCGGUGCUUGGGUCGAGGAGCGUUCACUUGGCUGGAUACUAUAUUGGUGAUGUGUACGAGGACAUUGGUGACAGUGAUACUGGUAGUGAGUCACUUCAAGGCUCCGAUGAUGAUUUCUUGGCAUCUGAUGAUGAUGAUGUGGUCAUUCCAGUAUCCCAUGGCCAGAUGAACACAGACAGCGAAGAUGAUUCAGACUAUGAUGAGGACUACGAUUCAGAGGAUGAUGAGGAUUUGAUGUACAACCAAGGUAGAGGCAAGAGUUCAGUUGUCAUUGAGGAGAUUCAAGAGGAUGAGAAGCCUGUUGAUGAUAAUUCUCGACUUCAGCUUGCUGUUAGGACCCUACCUGCUGAAUCCGUGGAAAGUGAAGAUGAAGACGGCUUUCCUGUUUCUGAAUCAAAGAAGAGUUCUAAAGGUAGUUCCAAGAAGGAUAAGAAUCUAAAUAAUGGGACUAGUACUGAAGACAGGAAAAGGAAAAGUGAUGCUAUUAAUGAUCCUCACAAGUCGUCAGGGGAGGUUAAUGCUGAAAAUGAUGUGGUUUCAAAGAAAAAGAAAAAGGCCAAGGACAAAAGGAAUGCUGUGGACAGUGAGAAGGUAAACGAUGAAGAAAAGGAGGUGAAGCUAGCUUCCUCAGCUGACACCGUUGCAGCCAAACAGAAGAAAAAGAAAAGCAAGAAGCAAAGUGCUUCUGAAGGUGACACUGAUGAGCAAGCUGAUAAGAAAACCAUAACAGACAAUGAUGAGGAGCCUAGUAAACAGGGGGCCAAGAAAAAGAAGAACAAGAAGAAAACAAAGGAGAACAAUGGAAGUGAGAACCAGGCACAGACUGAUGUUAUGAAUUCAGCUAGCAAGGAGCAGACAUCACCCAAAGCACGGACUUAUGGCAAUGGUUUGAUUGUUCAGACGGUGGCGUUGGGCAAACCAGAUGGUAAAAAAGCUACCCCUGGGAAAAAGGUUUUUGUCACGUACACUGGCAAGUUGAAGAAUGGCAAGAUUUUUGACUCUAAUGUUGGUCGGAAGCCUUUUUCGUUUAGGCUUGGUGUUGGACAGGUCAUUAAAGGCUGGGACAUUGGUGUCAACGGUAUGCGCAUUGGGGACAAAAGAAAGCUUACAAUUCCACCAUCUAUGGGCUAUGGAAACCAGAAGGCCGGGGAAAUACCGCCGAACUCAACUCUUCUGUUUGAUGUGGAGCUAAUGAACGUACACUCUACAUGUCAGACGAAGCCAUCUGGGCUAAUUUUGGGGGCGUAA